AUGAAAGAGUACAGGGUAGUCAAGAUUAGGCCUCUUUGUCUAUGGAUACGCUUUGCACCGCUCGGUGUUCUUGUUGCUGUGCACUGCAGUGGUGGCCAUUGGCCCACAAACGAUGAAUGUUUGCAGCGUGCUUUAGAGUAUGGCUUCUCGACGCAUAAUUUUUCAAAGAAAUGGCAAUGUCUUUGGACGCAUAUCUUCGUACACUUCACAAACGAGCACUUUUUUGCGAAUUCAUUGGCGCUUUCCUAUGCCUUGCUUGAGUUUGGGGAUGAGAAUGUCACUGAAGCUAUCCAGGAAGAGAGUCUGUGGAUCAGCUUUAAAAGCGCCAUCGGCUCAUCUUUGGUGAUGUUAGUCGCCGGUCCUGUAGGUGGAAUAGGUGGGCAAAUGUGCUAUAACAAGCUCCAAUCCGGGCGCGUGUGUGAAAAGGCAGCUGGAAUGAUAAAAGACAAGAUCACGUUGAUUUAUCAUCUCUUUGCUCGUACGAUGAGGUCGAUCGGAUUUUGCAGCCACGCAUCAGGGGCUUUCGGAAGCGGCGAUGAGGUGGUAUCACGCACGAUUUCCGCUUCCCUGGAACGCGUCGGAACUUUUUGUCGAGGCUGUUUUUACAGCGGCACCGCCGGAAUUCAGAAAAUAGUGAAUCGUUCCAUGGUCAUGUGCGGUGCCAGUGCCGCGGUAUGCGGUUUAGCAGGCUUCAACGCCGUGUUUUUUCAUAAUCCUCUUUGUAUGAUUUUUCUGGUUUUACCCGACGCGCUGCUGCUGCUACAGAAUGCGGUCAGCCAUGCAUUCGCUUCGGGGUGGGAAAAACACGUGGAUAUGUGGAAGAGUCUGAUGCCGAGACAGACCGUAGGACAUGCUGCACACCUUGGGGGAUUUAUAGUCGGAGCAUCUAUCGGCUGGGCACUUCGACGCAUUCUAGGGCGCAAGUCACGGGCCUCAAGAACUUCGGAGACACCUCGGGUAAGGACGGUUUACCUUUUCACUAUUUGA